AUGGACGCCGUGUUCACAUCAACACCCAAUCCCCCAAAAUGCCACAACAAUACCAUCCCCCUAUCAGCCCGUGAAUACUGGAUCCACCAAGCCAACACCCUCGCCCUCUCCCAUCCCUGCCCCUUCGCCGCCUUUGGCAGUGUUAUCGUCAACCACACCACCGGCAACCCCCAAGGAACUCUGAUCUGCACAGGCGCCAACCAAAACUCUCGCACGGGUAAUCCAACUCUUCACGGCGAGAUGGCAGCUAUAAGCAAUUGCUCCUCACUUUUUGUGUCGUCUGCGUACAACAUGACACCCGCCGAGUCACUCGCGGCGUUCAAGCAACUAACGCUAUACACCAACGCGGAAAGCUGCCCUAUGUGUGCUGCUGCGGUGAGGUUGGCGGGGCUUAGGGAGUAUAUCUAUGGGGUCUCCAUCAAAGAGCUGAUAGAGCUGGGAUGGGGACAGUUGGACAUUGGCAGCGAAGAGGUUAUUGGGAGUGGAGUUGGGAUGAGGGAUAAGGAUCCGGAGGUGGUACUUGGGGGAGUGGGGAGGGAGGAAAGUAAGAGGCAGUUUGGGUGGCAGUGUGCUGGGGGUGAGUGUCCGGCAGGUUGUGAAAGGGGGGAGGGGAUUGGGGACUGUUUGCCGGUUGAGAGGGGGGUUGUAUGA